AUGAAAAUGGUUGAGAAAUUCACAACUCUACUAGAGAGGGAAGCUCUAAAAGCAACACACGUGGUACUUUGUUCAUUGGUAGAUUCCAUUCCAAAAGUACUCAAUUUGUGUGGAUGUUUAACUGUUCGAAUUUGUGUCGCGAGUUUAAUUGAUAUAAUUGUAUUUAAAACCUUUAAAAAUGGCGUCCACUACAAAGCCACGCUCAGAGAUGACUUUGGACGAAUUAUCGAAAAUUGA